GUAUAUUUCCCAUAAUCCAUUGCGCGCGGCGUCAUUUGGCAUCCUCGGGAGGGGACAUGGUCGGAAGAAAGUGCUUAACAUCCAAAGCACGGGAAUAAACCCCAAAAACAUCAACACAGGGAAGUACUCCUCGGCGGGAAGAAAGGACCAUGACUGAAAAUGGCCCUCGCUCUGAGGCGCCGCUGUACUUCGAGGUGGAGGUGGACGACGACGAAGACAAGGCCGAGCACCUGAUGGCGGAACCCUCGUCGUCGUCGGGCCGCGUGUACGACCGCACCACCGUGCUCAUCGAGCGGGACCCUAUCCGGCUGGACGAAGAGGGCGAGGAGGAGGGUCACUGCGGCGGCGAUGAAGACGGGGUCACUUUCCUCACCGAAGGGGACGACGAGGAGGGGCGGCUGGCCUUCAUGGGGGACCCGGACGCUAUGUCGCAGGGUUACGUGCACCACACCAUCUCGCCGGACCAGAUCCAGUUCACUAUCAACCCCGGGUCCACCCCUAUGCCGCGGAAUAUAGAGGGCGCCACGCUCACCCUGCACUCCGAGUGUCCAGAGACCAAGCAGCGAGAGGUAAAACGCUACCAGUGCAUGUUCGGAGGCUGCACGAGGACGUACAGCACGGCAGGCAACCUGCGGACGCACCAGAAGACUCAUCGGGGAGAGUACACUUUUGUGUGCAAUCAGCAAGGCUGCGGCAAGGCCUUCCUCACCUCGUACAGCCUCAAGAUCCACGUCCGCGUGCACACAAAGGAGAAGCCCUUUGAGUGUGACGUGCAGGGCUGCGAGAAGGCCUUCAACACUCUUUACAGGCUAAAAGCACACCAGAGACUCCACACGGGCAAAACAUUCAACUGUGAAUCCGAGGGAUGCACAAAGUACUUUACCACUCUCAGCGACCUGAGGAAGCACAUUCGCACACACACUGGAGAGAAGCCAUUCCGGUGUGACCAUGAUGGCUGCGGCAAAGCUUUUGCUGCAAGUCAUCACCUAAAAACCCAUGUACGGACCCACACAGGCGAGAAGCCUUUCAACUGUCCGAGUGAUGGCUGCGAGAAGACAUUCAGCAGCCAGUACAGUCUGAAGAGUCACAUCCGGGGUCACGACAAGGGACAGUCCUUCAGCGUCACUCUCACUCACCCGCUGUCCGAAGAUGCAAAUCAUUCACUGUGCCUCAGUGACUUAAGUCUGAUCUCUACUGACUCUGCCGAGCUACGGGAGCAUAUUCACAAUGCACAGAAUUCACACCUGAGCAACGUGACCCCUAUGAAAAUCUUUGAGCUCAUGUUCCAGAGCCCGGAAAACAGUGUGAGCCAAGAUGAGGCCCAGCCUAACGAAAGUCUUGCUGAACGCCUGGACACCCCCACCCCGGUCACUGAAGCUUCAUCUCUGAUCUCGUUCUCUCUCAAUCCUGCCUCCUCCUCGACCUCGUGUUCCCACACCGCCGCCGUCAUGGAGGCUCCUCCCUCCUCUCAGGCCCUCGCACCUGCCUCGGCCACUCCCACUCCCACUGCCACUACGACUUCCACACAGCCACCGGCUUUUGUGCAAAUCUCAGAGGGACCUGCCCAGGCUCCCAACCAUGUCACUUCUCAGCACUAUGUGACACUGCCAUCGACAUUCCUUCAGCAGGACACCGUCGUUCAGCCUAGUGCUCUGCCUCCCCACAUCUCCGCUCCCACUGUGGUGGCCCCGGUCCUUGGCAGCACGGCCCCAAGCACUACCCCGGCCGUGUCUGUCGUCGCAGGCGCCUCCUCAGACCCUCUGGCAGCUGUAGCUCAACCCGUGCCUUUGGCCAGCGGUGUUGUUUCCAACUCCAGCCCCGCCACCAUCACCAUAGCUCCAACUCCCAGCCUGCUGCAGCCCAGCCUAGUCAUGUCCGACCAGAACCUCCAGUGGAUCCUGAGCAGUGCUGCUAACAGCCAGCAAAACCCUGAACAAUCACACCAGGGAGGUCCAAAAGUGGAGAAGGUGUUCUUCACUACAGCCAUACCAGUGGGAGGAAAUGCUGGCAGCUCAGUCCAGCAGAUCGGCCUGAGCCUGCCAGUCAUCAUCAUCAAGCAGGAGGAGUCGUGCCAGUGUCACUGUGCCUGCAGGGACACGGCCAAAGACAAGAGCACCUCCGCCUCAGCACAGCAGCAACCACCAGAGGGCGCCCUUCCCCCCCCUCCUCCGCAGCCCCAAGAGCCUUCGCAACAACCCGCCGCUGCCGCCGCGUCCUCCUCUCCCUCCUCGUGCUGCCUCCCCGAGUCUUCCUCCACGGCCGGGCAGGAGGCCGUCUCUUCCGCCUCAGCUCAGACUUUCUCCACGACGGCGAGCAGCUCCGCCUCCACCGACCCCCCGUCGUCUCACGGGCUGGCCAACAUGGACGUGUCAGACUUCCUCUCCCUGCAGAGUCCGGAGACGGCGGCCAACAUCGAGGCCCUGCUGCUCGUCACGGACGACUUCAACAUGGCCACCGACGGCAACGCUUAACGGAGCCUCCCGUACCCCGAGUGCAUUCUCCUCUACGCGGCAUUGUGCGACUUUACAUGCACGACAACGUUUCAGUCUCUUCGCAGUAGUUUGCUAGCUGAAGUUCAACGCAGGGAAGCUUUUUUGUUGUCGGUCACGAAUAUAAUCCAAUUUGUACAUAAGAUGAUAUCCAGUCUCGUCGUACGGUCCUGACACUGAAAUCCUGAGAGACGCCCGGGCUGGCGUGAGUCCUGCACUCCCGAGCUUGAGGAACGCUUGGUAAGAAGGUGGUCGGAAUGCACUGAGCGCUCUCUAUUUACACGGGUCGACCGCUAGCUUCAGCGUGAAGCGGUCCAAAAGAUUGCAUUAGAGCCGCCUUAUCAAAACAAAAAAUGUAUACAACAUAAUUUCCCUAUAACUUAAUUUACAAUUGUACAUUUUAAUUUAUUUAAGACGUUUAAUUGUGCUGUUAAUAAGAUUAUUAAUUUAUUCAGAUUAUGUACGAGUUAAUCUUGUCUUUGUUACUGACCUUUUUAUUUGCAACAAAGAAACGAUGCCACAGCUAGCUAUUGUCCACGUGUUUUUUCAGGUCGUGACUCUCAGGGACGCAUCGGGUCAUAACUGAUCCCGGCUCCCUUCAUUUUUUUUUUUUCUUACCCCCCGCCCCCCCCCCUUUCACUUCUGGCCGACGCCACUUUCACUUCUGGCCGACGCCCCUUUCACUUCUGGCCGACGCCCCUUUCACUUCUGGCCGACGCCCCUUUCACUUCUGGCCGACGCCCCUUUCACUUCUGGCCGACGCCCCUUUCACUUCUGGCCGACGCCCCUUUCACUUCUCGCCGACGCCCCUUUCACUUCUGGCCGACGCCCCUUU